UGUUUAAUAAAGGCAUUUCGUGUGUGGAAGGUGCCUUGUGCUGUUUUCCCAGCUCAGCAUUCCCCUGCGUGAGAACAAGGGAAGCUUCGCAGACACACUUUGCAUCUGACGACGCAGCCUGCAUGGCUAGUAUCUGGGACUUCUUUAUUCCUCAGAAAUGCGUGCAGGAAAUUCUUCAACUUAUAAAGGGACGUUUGAAACUCUAGAUUGAUUCGUUUCACCUUACUAGGAAGGAAAUGUUUUGCACGGGAAGGGGAGGGACUCGGGAAUCCAACUGUAGCCUAAAUGCAACAUUGCACGCUGCAGUCCCCCCGUAAAAUAAUGUUUACAGUUUAAUUUUAUGUUGUGGUGCACCCUGUUUUUGCACUAUACGUACGGCGAUUGUGUCGAUGGCAAUGUGAUGUUGGACUGGAAUAGGCUAAUUAGUUAACAGCAAGCAGAUCCCUGUUAUUACGGUAGAUGGUCAUUCCCGCCUAUCGGUGUGUCCGAAGUGACCGUGAACUUUGAUAUUUCUCACUCGUGGAUGAAAUGCACCGGUUAGUUUUGCAGCGAAAUGGUAGGAGCGCCUUUUCGGUGUUAAAUGAGUAUUGCGGAAGAAUAAUCGGUGCUGCUUUAGGAGUUCACGUUGUGCCGCGGCGUACCAUAAUAGACCACUCGUACUCGGCACAUUUCAUGGAUUUCAAAGGUUCGUCCAUUCCAAGUUCAAUGAAAAAGCUUGUUGUCACGAAGCUGAGCCAAGAUUUUAGGAGUGCCGUUUCUUUGCAAACUGUUCCUGUACCAACACCAGGCGACGAAGAUUUGUUGGUAAAAAAUAGGUUUGUGGGCAUCAAUGCCUCGGAUAUCAACUACUCGGCGGGGAGGUACGACCCGUCGGUGCGUCCGCCGUUCGACGCCGGGUUCGAGGGGCUGGGAGAGGUGGUGGGGCUGGGCCUGAGCGCCAGCGCCCGCUACACCGUAGGAGACAAGGUGGCCUACUUCAGCGAGGGUGCCUUCGCCGAGUACACUGUCAUCUCAGCCAAGAAGGUGGUGCCGGUGCCUGCCAUCCAGCCGGAGUACCUGGCUAUGUUGCUGAGCGGUGCCACGGCCCACAUCGCCCUGCGCCGCAUGGGGGAGCUGCGGGAGGGCGAGACGGUGCUGGUAACGGCCGCUGCCGGGGGCACAGGGCAGUUCGCCGUGCAGUUCGCCAAGCUGGCCGGAUGCCACGUGGUGGGCACCUGCUCCUCGGACGAGAAGGCGGGCUUCCUGAAGACCCUGGGCUGCGACCGGCCAAUCAACUACAAGGCGGAAGACCUGGCCGCCACGCUGCGCAAGGAGUACCCCCGGGGCGUCGACGUGGUCUACGAGUCGGUGGGCGGCAGCGUCUUCGACCUGUCCGUCAACGCGCUGGCCAAUCACGGCAGGCUGAUCAUCAUCGGGUUCAUCUCGGGCUACCAGUCGGCGUCCGGGAUGCAGGCCAUCUCGGGAGGCGCGCUCCCCGCCAAGCUGCUGAAGAAGUCGGCCAGCCUGCGCGGCUUCUUCCUGCCUCACUUCAUGUCCGACUACGGCGAGUCCCUGGCGGACAUGAUGAGGCUGUUUGCGAAGGGCAGACUGGUGUGCGAGGUGGACCGCGGGGAUCUGCACCCCGAGGGGAGGUUUGUGGGACUCGAGUCCGUGUUUCGCGCUGUGGACCAUAUGUAUGCUGGGAAAAACCUGGGCAAAGUGGUGGUGGAGGUUUACCCUGUGAUCGAGAGUAAACUCUAAUGGGCUUUUUUUUUCAUAACCAGAGAUGAUGAUGAUGAUGAUGAUGAUGAUAAUAAUAAUGCAAUUACUUGUUAAUGGAGGUGGACCCGGUGAUCGAUAGUAAACUCUAAUGUUUUGGAGGUUUUUUUGUAACCAAAGAUGAUAAUAAUAAUAACGUAAUUACUUGUCAAUUAAUUGACGGGAUUGUUAAUGACUUGAACUGUGAAUUGAAAUUAUAUUUUGCACUGUUAUUAAUGUUUGCUUUUAAUGCAUCAUGGAAAUGCUGCUUUUUGUGGGAGAGGUUGUGCUGCUGUACUGACCAUAUGGUGAAAAAACCUCCCCUGUGUGUUUCAGUAUGUAAAUACACGUAUGGCCUAACUGCCUUAUGAUCUGCAAUGUAAUGUCUACUCAAGUCAGUCAUUGAAUUUAACAAAAUACAACUAGGAUGUUGGGAAUGAGGAGAGAAUGCUGGAUGUUUCUGAUUUUCAUAUUUUUUUUAUUUCUCAUCUUUCAAAUAAAAUUAAAGUGUUCUUUUAGUACUCAAGCGAUUCAAAAUGACACAUGAAAGACGUCUUGUUAUUGUUUUCUUUCUAAAAGUUUUUUUUUCUUCGCCUACAGUCUUUUCAUUUGGGUUUGUGUCUUUUAUUAGAUUCCCACCUUAUGACAAAACCGCUCGCUCAAACUGGCAUGAUAUUAAACAUUCCUGAGGGAGACAUGAAGACUGCUGUCAUCCACCAAAAUAGCACAUGUCUCCGCUCGUCAUGACGGAGCUGCUCAGAAUUACAUUUCAUUGAUUAGCAUAGUACAUGACACAUCUGAAGCGGGCCCGUCUUUUUUAGAGGAAAUUUGUGAGGUGUUAGUAGUCUUUAAUUUCAGGGGAGUGCUUUUUAGAAGGCUAUAAUUGGCGUGUGUACAGUAGGGUUUUUUUUUUUUUUUUAAAGGACUGUCCGUGUCUCAUUCUUUUUGCUGUCUUUAUUUUGGUUCAUCAAAGUAAGACUGAUAAAUCAUCCUGCUUCAACAGCAACAUGAUCUAUUAUUUGACUACAAAUCAAUGCUGACAUUAUUAUUUCAUUAUUUGCGAAUCCAAAACAUUGCUAAUUAUUUCAUCUCAUAAUACACCUCUGCCAUCAAAAAACAAAACAUUCAAACUAAUGAUGAAUUAAUUGUCACUUGCUUGAUGAUAUCAUUUGAAGGUCUCAAGCUUACAUGUCAAUACUGCUACUUUAAAACACGGUGAGAAAAUAAAUAUUCCCGGCUCAUGA